GGUCUGGAGGACGAGGGAGAUUCCGGCCGCCAAAGGACAGCGGCCAUUGUCCAGAGACCGGCCGGUUGGAAAAGGGGCCGAUGUCGGGGGCCCCGCUGUUCGAGGGGCGCCUGUGGGAGGCGGAGGAGGCCCGUGCCUCGGUGCACCCGCUGGUGUGCUUCCUCUGCCGCCAGCCCUACGCCCAGCCCUGCCUCCUCGACUGCUACCACCACUUCUGCGCCUCCUGCCUCCGGGGACGGGCCGUGGCCGGGAGGCUCCCCUGCCCCCUCUGCGGCCACCCGUCCGUGGUGAAAGGGACCGGAUUGCCACCGGAGGAUCGUCUCCUGAAGUUCCUUGUGGACAGCUCUGGGGAUUGCGAGGAGGAAGCCCAGUGCGCCAAUUGCGACCUGCAAAGCACCAACCCAGAUCUGGACGGCAUGUAUUACUGCAACACCUGCAACCAACCGCUGUGCGCCAAGUGCCGCGAAGAGACCCACCGGGCCCGGAUGUUCGCCCGGCAUGAAAUCGUCUCCCUGGCCAAGCGCACCAAGGACAUCCACAAGAAGUGCCCCCUCCACGAGGAGCUCUACAUCAUGUUCUCGACCGAGAAGAAGUCCAUGCUGUGCAUUAACUGCUUCCGCGACAUGCCGGUGGAAAGCCGGGCGCACUGCAUUGACAUCGAGACGGCCUACAUGCAAGGGUGUGAAAAGCUGGAUCAAGCCGUCAUGGCCGUGAAGGAGCUCCAGACGUCAACGAGAGAGGCCAUCGUCCUCCUGAAGGCCAUGAUCGAGGAGGUGCGCAACAGCGCGGACGAGGAAGAGAGCGCCAUCAACUCCCUCUUCAGCAGCAUGCAGGAGAAGUUGGCCGAGAGGAAGAAAAUGCUGUUGAAGGUGGUCCAGAGUCAAUAUGAAGAGAAGGAGAAGGCCUUCAAGGAGCAGCUGGCCCACUUGGCCUCUCUGCUGCCCACUUUGCAGGUCCACCUGGUCACCUGCUCUGCUUUCCUCAGCCUGGCCAACAAGGCUGAAUUCCUGGACCUGGGCUACCAAUUGAUGGAGAGAUUGCAGAAGAUCGUCAAACUGCCCCACCGGUUGCGCCCGUCGCAGACCAGCAAGAUCAACACGGAAUACCGGGCGGAGUUUUCCCGCUGUUUGGAGCCGCUCCUUCUCCUGGCACCGAGGCUCUCGGUCGGGGUCAAUAGUGGAUCCGGAAUGGGCAGCAGCAACAUGAUGUCGGGGGGUCCUUGCUCCAAGACCCUCCUGGUUCCUGGCUGUGGCGCCUCCUCUGCUUGCGGGAGCGUGAUGUCCUUGGUGCGGAAGCCCACCUUGCACCGCUACAUCAGCACCAAGGUCCUUCUCGCCGAAGGGGCCGAGACCGCCUUCGCCCGGCAUUGCCGCAGCUACGAGGACCGAUACCGGGCGCUGCAGGCGGAGGUCCAGGGCCUGAAGGACCAGGUGCAAGAGCUGCACCGCGACCUCACCAAGCACCACUCUCUCGUCCGCACCGAGCAGGUGGCCCACAUCCUCCAACGCUCCCUCCAGGCCGACGUCCACAUCGCCUCCCAGUACUCCGCCGUGGAGAUGAUGCGCAGCCUCUUCGAGGAGACCUGGGAGGAGACCUACCAGCGAGUGGCCAAUGAGCAAGAAAUCUACGAAGCCCAGCUCCAUGACCUGCUGCAGCUCAAGCAGGAGAACGGCUCCUUGACCACCAUCACCAAGCAGAUCGCCCCUUACGUCCGCUCCAUCGCCAAGGUCAAGGAGCGCCUGGAGCCCAGGCUGCAGGAAGCCAAGGAGAAAGAGGAGACCCCCGAAAUCCUCCUCAAAUCCUCCAUUGAAGGGGCUGCAGAGACCCCACUGAGGGACGAUGCCAACAAAGAGGCCAAAGAAGGCAAAGAGGAAGCGGAGUCGCUCCCGAGCUGAAGACAGUUUUUCAAUGAAUACUCCAUCAAGUCUCAACCGAUUCAGGAACAGAUAUUUCUUUUCAAAUUUUGAUAUAGUGUAAUAAUAAUAUAAUAUACAUAUACGGAGGUGUUCUCUC